GCUUGGUGCGAUGGCGGCUGGUGGAACGGCAGAGAGGGGCGGGUUGGAGGGUGCUGUGCGAGGUCGUUUUCGUAUCCUUAGGGAACGAUGGAGGCGAGGGACCCGAGAAGGCGGCGCUGCCGCCGCAUUCGCGGGUCUUUCGCCUCCUUCAUUCCCGGAGGAGGCGGAGAAGGUGAGCGCCUUGCAGACACUGCCGAUAGACGUGCAGCUGAACAUCAUGUCCUAUCUCUCGCCACAAGACUUGUGCCAUUUGGGAAGCACGAGUUGUUACUGGAGGGCUGCUGUGCAAGAUCCAUUGUUAUGGAGGUAUUUUCUCCUGAGGGAUCUCCCUUUUUGGACAUCUGUUGAUUGGAAAUCACUCCCAGAUGUCGAGAUUUUUAAUAAAGCCUUUUCAGAAGUCAGCGAUAAUGCACUGUAUGAUUACAUGGCAGUAUACAAAAAAUGCUGUCCCCAGAGCAGAAGAAAUUUGAAAUCAAGCCGUCCCCGGUAUGGGGCUGUCACUUCCUUUUUGCAAUCACUGGUCACUCAGGUAGAACCUCGCUUUGCUAUGUUUGGGCCAGGUUUGGAAGAGUUUGACGACUCUUUAGUACAAAAGAUGAUGACAUGCCCAGAAAUUCUGCUGCUGGCUGGCCUACCUCAAAGGCAAAUUCAUGGAAUUGGAUCAGGAGUCAGUUUUCAGCUUAAUAACAAUCAAAAAUUCAAUAUUCUGACAUUGUAUUCAACCACCAGUGUGGAAAGGAGGAGAGCAAAGGCAGAGCAAGCUGUUGCUGUGAAUAAGAUGUUCUACCAAGAGAACAGCAUCAUAGGGAACCAGCAAGCCGUGCACUACAGUGUAAUAGCUCAAGUUAAAAAGGUGUGCGAAGUAGUGGAUGGAUUCAUAUACGUUGCUAAUGCAGAAGCUCAUAAAAAGCAUGAUCGUCAAGAGGAACUGGCUCAUAUUUUGGCAAUGAUUGAUCCAGCCCUCGGGCCUCCAAACAGACCUCUGCUGGUUUUGUCUUGUGUCUCUCACACUGAUGUGAAAAGAAUUCCGUGUGUUUACGUGGCACAUCAGUUGCAACUAAAUCUGCUACAUCAGCCCUGGAUGGUGCAGGACACUGUAGCUGCAACUUUAGCUGGAUUGCUAAAUGGAAUUGAGUGGCUCCUGGAAGAGGCAAAUUGUAAAAAUGCACAGUAAUGGAACUGUGUACUGUUUUACUGCAUAGAGGUUUUGUGUCCUGACAGAGCACUGUUGGAGAUUUUAAAGACAAACCUGCAUGUAUUUCUCUGCACAUACUUUAAUAUUCUUCCAACUGUAGUUCUGAAUUAGAAGUACAAGUAGGAUUACCUGGAUUCCAGCAGCUGAUGCAGAAGUUAUUUGGGGGGCACUCUGGGUGUUCUGGUUUCUUCUUUCUUUCAAGAUGGGGCAUUUAAGAUUCAAUCUCAGUAUAUCUGAUAAUCUAAUCUCUUCUGUAAGUAUACAUAACACUAUGGCACAUGUCGCUCAUUUAGUAAAUACUUCUGGUGGAGAUCUUGACAGCGACGGUUCCCAACCAAAGAAGAUGUACUGUAUGUUGUAUGGUGAUAGGUUGAAAGAAAUACUCUAUCUCUUUCAAAAGAGUAAAUUCCCAUGUAUUUUUUUUCCAGAAACAAUACCAAGACAAGAAAUAGCACCUACACAAUAAGUUAUUCCAGACCAAAAUUCUUAGAAGUAAACAAACAAGGUACCAUAUAUGAGUUGUUUGUGGUAUUAUUUAAUAACCAACCACAAAAUACUUCAACUGAUACUCUGUUUUCUGUUUCAGUGAAAUUACUAGCUUGAACCUUUGAUGUAAUGAGAAAAUGUUGAAUAGAAUUGUUAGUACUUCAGGAAAUUUAUUGAAUACAUAGGACCUAUCAGUUAUUUGAAUAGUUGUGAGUUGAAAUUUUCUAUGCGGUUACAAGUACUUUUAUAAAAAGGACAACAUUUUAGAGCUGGAAUUGCAUUUUUUAUGUU